AUGGAUGAUGCAAUCAUUGUCGUGGACGAUGAUCAAGAACCAGCCGACCUGAAGUUGAACGCUCGAGUGGGUUGCAUGCACGAUGAUGAUGAGUGUAAGGCAUCGAAGAUGAGCCAUCUUAUCUCGGAUAAUGAGGUUUCUUUUCAAGGAUUUCAACUGCGCACGAAGACUGAUCUCAUAUUCGCGUUGCAUUACGAUUAG